AUGCGGGAAGUGAUUGCCCAGAAGCACUUUGCAGCCAAGUAUGAUGAUGCGGCUAGUUUGAGGGCACAAGUGGCAGAGCGAGUAUCUACAGCGAUCAAGGAGCCGCUACUAGAGAAAAAAGUACGGGAUCGUGUUCGUCUUCUCAAGAAAAACUGGCGCGCGGGGGAGCUCCGUUCGGCGUUAGGAAGCGGCAUCGAGGAAACAUUUGACGCUGUUAAUGAGCAGAGCCACUACGAGACACUGGCUGGGUUAGUUGGUCAGUAUGGGCUGCUGGAAGAUGCAUUUAAAUAUGACAAGGCGGGUCGUAUCAAUAAGAAGAAGGAGGACGAAGCCAAGGCGACUCGCUUGGAUGCCCAGCGUCCGUGGAAUUGGAUGGUGAGUGUGUCAACUCCGGCCCGGUACAUGUGA